AAGAAGAAGAAUCAUUUCAUGUAAAAACAGCAGCCGCCCAAAUCUCUCUGUGCGACACGACUUCUCUAAAGCCCUAACUAACUAAUUCCAAGGAAAGGAAAUGGCGGAUACGCCAUCGAGCCCCGGCGGCGGAGAAAGCGGCGGUUCGGUUAGGGAGCAGGACCGGUACCUACCGAUAGCUAACAUAAGCAGGAUCAUGAAGAGAGCUUUGCCUCCCAACGGAAAGAUCGGUAAAGAUGCUAAAGACACUGUCCAAGAAUGCGUCUCUGAGUUCAUCAGCUUCGUCACCAGCGAGGCCAGUGAUAGGUGUCAGAAAGAGAAAAGGAAAACUGUGAAUGGUGAGGAUUUGUUGUGGGCAAUGACAACGUUGGGAUUUGAAGAUUACUUGGAGCCCUUAAAGCUAUACCUUGCGAGGUACAGGGAGUUGGAGGGGGAUAAUAAGGGCUCUGGAAAGAGCGGGGAUAGUAACAAUAGAGAUGCAGCUGGGGGUGCUUCCGGUGAAGAUUUGCCGGUAGUAUAGAGAGUCCAAUGCUACAACUUUUCUAGCUGGUGAGGCGAAAAGUUUCAAGUGAACUCUUUAGAAAUAAAGAACAACACCAACAUGAUCAAGGGAUAGCAGAGAUCAGUGUUGGUGUCUUUACAUCUGAGCUGAUGGUCGACUACUUUUUAUUUAGAGAUUCUAUUUCGGGUUUAUUGUCAAUUUCGGUUAUGUGAUAAUUUGAGAAUUUUGGUUAUCUGUUUCCGGUUUAGUUCGUUGUAGUUGAAGAUAUGAGAAGUAUUUGAAAGAAGAAAAAGUUUCUCCACAAAUCAUCUAUCAUCUCUUUAACUUCGUUUUGUGGAUUUCAAAAACUGAAGGUUAACGGACAAGAUCUCGUGACCGACUGUUACAA